UUAGCAAUCCAAUGCCUCCGAAAUUCUCACCCGAAGAGGCAUGGAAUAGACUUCUUCAAGCUGAUAUUGGAAAAGACAUGGAGGAAUUUAAAGAAGCGUUUGAAGAAUACGCCAAAGCAUCUCCAAAAGAAACAUUCCAGUCGAUCGAAAAAAAACUACGAAAUUCAGGUUGUAAUGGAAGAAUAAUUGCGUUGAAACGCGAAGGAAUUCCGUUGACGCAAUGCUUAGUUGAUUUGCAAGGAAACACCAAUAAAAAAUAUUUGGCCCAAUUAAUCACGAGUCCAGAUCGGUUAUCACGAGCUUCUGGAAAAGCCAGUUCAGAAAAUGAGAAUUUUCAAUGGCUCGCAGAUGCAGGAUUUCUCACUCAUGAUCCAACUCCUGUUUGCUUUAACUGUAAGCAUAAAGGUCAUAAUACGAAAGAUUGUCCAGAACCAAAGCAUGAAAAUGAGCGAAAUAUGCCUUUAGCAUGCCAGCAUUGCGGAGCUACCGAUCACAUAACGAAAUUAUGCAAAAGCGACGAACGUCGAGAUCAUUAUGCGGAAAUUCGCGAUCGAAGCCUUGGUGGUAAUGAUGGAAGUUAUAAAUAUGGAUCAAGUAACAAUAUGGUCCGUGAUUAUAACUCUGAUAGUGUUGGAUUAGAGGGCAAUGAUGACCGUCGAAGUUUCCGUAGGAGUCAAACAUGUCAUAAUUGUAAUCGUGAAGGGCACAUAUCCCGUGACUGUCCAGAAUCUAAAAAAGAUGAUCGAAGGUGCUUUAAAUGUGGAAAGACGGGACAUUUUGAAAGAGAUUGUAAUAUUGUUGAUAAUUCAUCAUCAUGGAAAAAUUCUUCAUCUAUCCAAUCAGUCCAAUCGAAUUCACAGGAUUAUAAUUUCAGAGAAAGUGCCCGUAAUAAAGAUACUGACUAUCAUUCACCCAUGAGAAACACGCAAGAUAAAAAUAAUGACGUAUUGAUUGAUUAUGACAGUAAUAAAUCAACGAGUUUGGAAGCCAAAGACGAAGUUAACAAGUCAGCUUCGGAAUUGAACAAUAAAAAGCAAGAUAGUGAUGUGAAUAAAGUAAACAAUGAUGAUGUUAGUUCAUGGUUAAUCACGCAAAAACAAAACGAUAACGGAGCAGAUGAUCCAUGGGAACGAGCUAAAAAGGAUGCUACUGCAAGUUGGGGGGGAACUCAACCUAACGUCACCACUGGUGCACAGGUUUACACUUGGGAAAAUCCAAUGAAUUCCGACAAUUUGACGAAGAACAAUAUGCAAAGCAAAAGUGAUGGCACGAUAUGUAGUAGUAAUAAUGACAAUCUCUCAAAGGAUACUUAUAAUAAAGAUUAUAAUACCUGGAAUAAAAACGAUAAUGUUCCUACAGUUUCAAAGGAUACGAACAAUAAAAGUUACGGAACAGCUAUGAGUAGAAAUGGUAGCAAUGCAACACGGGGAUCUCAAGAAAGAACUACUAAUGACGCUCGCCCGAAAUGGGACGCUCAAGAAAAAGGAUUCACUUUUGAUGCACCUAAAGAAAGGACUACAAACGACACUCGCCCGAAAUGGGAUACACAAGAAAAAGGAUCCACUUUUAGUUCUUCAAAAGUUGAUGCACCAUGGGGAUCUCAAGAAAGAACUACAAAUGACACUCGCCCGAAAUGGGAUACACAAGAAAAAGAAUCCACUUCAAAAGUUAAUGCACCAUGGGGAUCUCAAGAAAGAACUACUAAUGAUGCUCUUCCGAGAUGGGAUACGCAAGAAAAAGGACCCACUUAUAGUUCUUCGAAAUUCGAUCCUUAUGAAAAAGGAUUCAAUAAUGAACCUUCAAAAUUUGAUGCGCAUGAUCAAUCCAGUCUUACAGAGACUAACAACAGAGCUGGCAUUAGAUCUGCUUCCAGAGAAGUUGAAGAGCGAGGCCCCAAUAAUUUGGAACGUAAUAAUAAUAUACAACAUAAUCAAGCAAGAAAUGAAAGUGAUCAGAAAGAUUCUUGGAAUAAAAAGGACAAUAUAAAUGAAAAUGAUCAAGAUGAAUGGAGUAAGGAGAGUGAACAAGCUCGUUCUACUUGGGGACCUAAUAUAUACAAACCUUCAGUAUAUUCAUGGGGUGAUCAAGAGCAAGCGGUAGAUAAAAAUUCAUUCAAUAAAGAUAUUGAAAAUUCGUCUAAUCGUGGUGCGCAUAAUAGCCCUCAUCGAUCAGUAGCUCAUAGCAAUGAGUCUCGAGGACAAAGUCGAAGCAGAUAUGGGGAUAAUAAUCGAGAAAUCCCACGUGAUGGUGGUAGACAUGAAUUCGGUCGUAAUAAUGAUCGUGAUGCUAAUAAUUGGAAAAAUGAUCAUGAAACUGGCUUCAGAAAUAAUGACCGAGGGGCUAACUGGAAUCGAGAGGCAAAUUGGAAAAAUGAUUCAGAAACUAAGACAAGUAAUAACUGGGGAAAUAACUAUGAUCGAGAAACUAAUAAUAACCGGAGAAAUAAUAACAAUCGGGAUAAUAAUAGCUGGAGAAAUAAUAAUGAUCGAGAUACUAGUAAUAGCUGGAGAUAUAAUGAUCGAGAUACUAAUAAUAACAGGAGAAAUUAUGAUCGAGAUACUUCUUAUAAUAAUCGAGAUACUUACAAUAAUCGAGAUACUUAUAAUAAUCGAGAUGCUUAUAAUAAUCGGAGAGGUGAUCGAAGAAAUAGUGGUCGAGAUGCUAAUUGGCAAAAUAAUCGAGGGAAUAAUUUUAGAAAUGAGCCUAGUUGGAAAAAUGAUGGAGAGUAUAAUGAACGAGAUAGAUGGAGAGGUGAUGACCGGGAGAACAAUUUCAGAAAUGGUCAGGAGACUAAUUGGCGAAAUAAUGAUUAUAGGGAUGAUGUACGGGGCAGAAGUAGUCAGCCUGAUAAUUUUUUGAGAAAGAGUGGUAGUGAUAAGUCCGACAGUCCAUACGACUCGCGAAGAUUUAAUAAUCAAAAUUUUAAUUCAAGAUACAAUCAAGCUCCACAAAAUAAUGAUCCUAAUCAACAAGGAUGGGCAGCAACUAAUGAUUUGGGUGCAACACCGUGGUGGUAA